AUGCCGCGCGACACUUACCACAAGCGCUCGCUGGGCACCCUCGCCAGACGAAUUAAAGAGUCGCGUGUACUCCUCGUCGGUGCUGGUGGCAUCGGCUGCGAGCUGCUAAAGAACCUCCUCCUCUCCGGCUUUGGUGAAAUCCACAUCAUCGAUCUCGACACGAUUGACCUGAGCAACCUGAAUCGUCAGUUCCUUUUCCGCUUCGAACAUAUCAAGAAAUCCAAAGCACUGGUCGCCAAGGAGGUCGCACACAAGUUUCAACCGAACGCGAAGCUCGAAGCCUACCAUGCAAAUAUCAAAGAUAGUCAAUUCAAUGUGGACUGGUUUGCCACUUUCGACAUUGUCUUCAAUGCGCUGGAUAACCUUGAGGCUCGUCGUCAUGUCAAUCGCAUGUGUCUGGCGGCGAACGUGCCUUUGAUCGAGAGUGGGACUACUGGGUUUAACGGCCAGGUGCAGGUUAUCAAGAAGGGAUUGACUGAGUGCUACGACUGCACUUCGAAAGAGGUUCCCAAGUCGUUUCCUGUGUGUACCAUCCGCAGCACCCCCAGCCAGCCGAUUCACUGCAUCGUCUGGGCGAAGAGCUAUCUGUUCCCUGAGUUGUUUGGCACCAGUGAUGAGGAUUCUAGCGAAUUUGAUCAUUCAGAGGAUGCCGAAAACUCUGCGGAAAUCGAAAACCUUCGCAAGGAAGCACAGGCUCUCAAGGAGAUCCGCCAAUCGAUGGGAUCUGAUGAGUUCGCCAAGAAGGUCUUCGACAAGGUCUUCAGUGAGGAUAUUGAGCGGCUGCGUGGGAUGGAAGAUAUGUGGAAAACCCGCAGCCCUCCGGAAUCUCUGAAUUUCGAGAAAUUGACCGAGGAGUCGGCCGACGUGGCGAUUACGAUAUCAUGCAAUGAUCAGAAGGUUUGGUCUACAGCCGAAGAUUUUGUGGUCUUCAAGGACAGCUUGGAUCGGUUAAGCAAACGCCUAAAGACAUUGCAAGAGACCACGAAUAGCGACGUCAAGCCAAUCCUUGUGUUUGAUAAAGACGACGUCGAUACAUUGGACUUCGUGACAGCCGCGGCUAAUCUUCGAGCGACGAUCUUCAAGAUCGAUCCCAAGUCCAAGUUCGACACCAAGCAAAUGGCCGGAAACAUUAUCCCCGCGAUCGCCACAACCAACGCCAUGACUGCUGGAUUGUGUGUGCUGGAAGCCUUCAAGGUGAUGAAAGGAGAUUACAACCAAACAAAGAUGGUCUUCCUCGAGCGCUCGGGUGCACGCGCAAUCAACUCUGAUUCUCUUCAACCCCCCAAUCCGAAUUGCCCGGUCUGCUCUUCCGCGCAUGCCCGGCUCAAGAUCGACCCCGAGCGAGCGACUGUCAACGAUCUAGUCGAACAGGUUCUUCGGUUGCAGCUGGGAUACGGCGAGGAGUUUUCCCUGACCACGGAAUCGGGCAUCAUCUACGACCCCGAUCUGGAGGACAACUUGCCGAAGAAAUUGUUAGAUUUGGGCGUGAAGAACGAGAGCUUCAUCACCGUCAUCGAUGACGAAGAUGAGCCGCGCGUCAACCUCCAGCUCUUUGUGCUAGCAGCCGAGCCUUCCGAACAGAAUGGGGCUGAGGCAGAAAGACCAAUUUCCAUCGAUGCCGUCCCCGAGAUACCGCGUAAACCCAAGACACCCACCCCGGCGGCCUCUGAACAGGUCAACGGCACGUCGUCGAAUCCAGCAGCCGCCAAGCUCAAGCGUAGCGCGGAUGAAGCUGGAUUGAGCAACGGAGACGACCGCGCCAAACGGGUUGCCGGCGUGUCUGAAGCGAACGGGGACGGGGCCAAUCCCAUCGUUCUGGACGAGGCAACAGGGGGUGCCAUUCUGAUUGAUGAUGAUUGAUGAUACCUGAUAGGGCAAUGACUCGCAUAUGGUGCUCUUUGUUGCCAUAUCACGUUGCACGGUUACGUGUUUCCCUUAUUCUAGACUAUUGGCGCUCAACUGGCAUAUUAUGUUCCCCUUUGCUGCAUGUACGAGUAUAUUCCACCAGAUGAAUUGAAUCAUGAGAUGCCGAUCUUUGUAGCCAGGAUGCCUCGCAUGGAGUCGACUAUGCAAUCAACCGAGAAGUAACCAA